CCCCAUUCACUUUUCAUCGGACAGUUUCUCUGAAAAACGCAGUAAACGUCUCUUAGCUGUGAUGUGGUUUACGGAACUUUAGGUGUACGGAGUUGGCCGAAUUUGUUGGUGUUUGUUGUUCCCGACAACAUACCGAGCGGGAUGUCCUGGGGCAGCUCCACCCAAUGAUACCCCAAGAAGAACAGAAUGAGGAGAGCACCACCAAUACCGCCAAAGGGAUUCAGAAAACUCCCAUUCGUGGUGGAUCAAGGCCCAGCUCGAGUUCGGCCAGUCAAUCUCGUUUGCUGACUGGAACUUUGAAAUCCUAUCGGGCGGAAGAAAUGGAAGAGCCGAUUCGUGUCGACUUGGAGAGUGCCCAGCAAUGCAAGGCGGUUGACAUGAUCGACUUUUUGCUCGCGUUCUGCCUGUCGGGAAAGGGAAAAGUUGUUCCCGCUCGUGACAAGCGGGUGCUGUUAUCUGCCUUUGAGAAAGUGAAGGAAGUAGGAAACCAGGAAGGAACCACGCUGAGGAUUGAGCUCUCCAAGUUCCGGGACAGAGGCAGAAAUGUACGAUCCGGUUGCCUCAGUACUCUGCCAACAAGCAGAUCGUCUUCGUUUGCAACCACAACCACAUGGUGAAGUCCCUCGAUCUUAACCGGGAUUGCCGGACUAGACCAGAUAUUGUCCUACUUCAAUGGGAAUUCUUUAGAAGCCUAGCCUGCAACGCUUCCGAUACCUACUCCUGCACUUACGGGACGCAGACCUGUACCGCAGGCUCUAAAAACCUGGAGCUGGCAUGGAAAAAGGUCCGAUCAACAGUAGAAGUGAAAUUUGACAGAUUACCGAAGCAAGUUAACUCGAUGAGGACAUUCAACAAUAACUUUGAAGACCUCAAGGAAUCAGAGUCGU